CUCUGUACACACGUUUUUUGAUCCUGAUUAACUUAUUCGUUGGUUUCGAUUUUGCAAUGGCAUCCGUGCGUCCACCGCUAUUUUUUGAGGAUGAAGAAAAGACGGAGGUAAAAGUAGGGAGAGCCUUUUCCACUCGCUAUACGACCACAAUGGGGAUUGCAUUUGGGAGACAAACUACCAAAUUCGAUAUUCCGAUCCAUGACAAACGAACCCUAUUGGAUCAUAUUGUAAUACGUCACGAGGACGACAAGCGGUAUAUAGGAGAAUUUGAUGACACAGACGAUGCACGUUUCUUCACCUACAAGCCGAAGUAUGACGACCGGGAUGUCUGUCCCAGAGACCCCAGCUUUUCUAAAUUCAAAGUUCCCACGGAAGUUAGCUGCAAGGAACGCUUAAAGAAAGAUACCAUCAGGUACAAUCGUCAGCUAAAGAAGGAAAUCUCAAAACUAAUCGAAUACAAAAACACCGCCUUGGAAGCUGCAUAUUUUGUUAGAGUGAUGUCAUACACGACCCUAUGGCCACCUUAUCAUAGUAACCAGGAAAUAGCCGAUACAUCCCGUAAAUUCUAUAAGCUGUCGAAAAGAGAACAGACCCGCUAUGACUUUAUUAUGUCGCAUGACUUUUCCUGAAAUCCAGGUCAUCGUACUUGAUUGAAUAGUUUUAUAUUCUACCUAUGUAUAUUUUUGUAUUCUAUCAAGUACGAUGAUGUGGAGAUAUAUUUGCGAAACAAUACCAAUAUAUUGCUUUCAAAGUCAAAAUUAUUUAUGGCAUUAAUAUGCGUAACCACACCAAAGACAAAAUAAACAACAAA